UCUCUCCUCCGCAAUGCAGCCACGGUGCCUGUGGAGCUGCGACUGGGGGAGCCCUGGAGCCAGCACUCGUCCCCCAGCGUGAGGUCCUUGUGCCGGCCCAGGGUGUUGCCAGGCUGGAUUUCUUCAUGGUCUCUGCUCAGAUGUCACCUUCUAAAUGCCGCCCCUACGAGGACUGCUGUGGCUCCCGGUGCUGCGUGCGCGCCCUCUCCGUGCAGAGGCUCUGGUACUUCUGGUUCCUCUUGAUGAUGGGCGUCCUCUUCUGCUGUGGAGCUGGCUUCUUCAUCCGCAGGCGCAUGUACCCGCCACCGCUGAUCGAGGAGCCCGCGCUCAACGUGUCCUACACGAGGCAGCCCCCGAACCCCGCUCCAGGAGCCCAGCAGCCGGGGCUGUCAUAUUACACCGACCCUGGAGGACUGGGACUGAAUGCCGGGAACCCCACAGCGAUGGCUUUCCAGGUCCAACCCAACUCACCCCUGGGAAGUGCGGCCUACCCACCACCCCCUUCCUACUGCAACACGCCCCCACCGCCGUACGAACAGGUGGUGAAGGCCAAGUAGCGGGGUGCUGGCCAGGGGCCUGCCUGGGGGAUGUUGCAGGGGCGACGGGGCGGCUUUUUCAGUCUGCCUGUCCCCAUCAACGUUCGCUUCUGGGAUGAUCU